AUGCCAAUGUGUAGCCAUGCCCCACCGCCAGCAGACGCGCUGCUGUUCCCACCGCCUGAGAAAGACCAACAGAGCCAUAAGAGAAAAGACAGAAAAGGACACAAGAAAGCGGAGAGUUUUACGCUAGCUACGCUGAUUGAGGAGCUGAAUAGUAGCAGUGGUAAACAGCAGUUCCAGACAGCAUCCAAGUAUGCCAAGAAACUGGCCCCAGUAUUGGCUGCUGGGGGCGUAGUGGGGGCGAUCGCCAUGGGUCCAGCCGCCGGGGUAUUGGCUGGCCUCAACAUGCUGGUGGCCAGUGUGGGGGCGGAGACGGUCAUGGCCGGCAUUGGACUCACCGCGAGUGCGGCGGCUGCGGCCACAGUCACGCAUCAGAGCAAAGUGAAGGCGGCACAGCGCAAAAAGGAGCGACUGAGGAAAGGCGAGUGGGCGAUGGAAAUCUGCUGGAGCUGCAAGAAAAACUUCGACGGAGCCCCCUCGGACGAGGCGUGUCGAAAAGAUGCAGAGUUUCUACAUGACGACACGCAGACGUUAACGACGAGCUCAGCGCACGAGACCAGACCCGAGGACGUUGAAGUGUACCGGUUUCUGUUCGGUAUUUUCUCUGCUCCCAGCGAGCUUCUAGGACAAAUGAAUGUGCAGCUGUGCGAGGCUUUCCGCCGGCGCUUUACAGCUAGACACCGCAGGAAGAUGAGGAGACCGAGCUUUACGGGAAGCAACACGCUUCAGGACACCAAGAUGUACGUGGCUCAUGUGCUGGGUGCCACGCUCCAGUGCUUUCCGAGUCUAGCGAGCACUCCCGAAGCUGUAAGCAGCUGCACGCUUGCUGUCGAACGGAUCGUUUACGACGACAUCCACGCUUUGGUGUUCGCCGAGUUCCAGCGCGCGUUCGUAGACGCCGACGCCUCCUUCGCUGAUAAUCUGGUGGAUAUUCGCCGGGAACAGAAGUAUCACUCUUCUGCGUUGCUACAGCUGCCUCAAGAGGGUGAGAACCUUCAGAACUCUGUCCUCGCCGAAGAUCUCCAGAAAGCGGAAGCUACAAUGGUCACGAUGAUGCAGGAGACGACCUCGCCUCUGCUCAAGCUGGUGCUGCUUUGUGACGCGUUCCGAAGCAUCUGCUGCUUCGCGGAGAAGUUGCAUCAAUCUGCCUCAAACGCCGACAUGUUGAUCCCUAUUUUGUGCGCAUUUAUGGUCGAGUGUCCACGAGUGUGUGGCCCAGGCUCGGAGUUCGUGGCUGAGAUCGCAUUUAUCUCGUUCUUCACGAACGGCGGCGGCAAAGGCGUCGAAGGCUACGUGUUGACCACGUUCCAGGCGUCCAUCCAGGUCAUCGCUGCCGUGGACCUGCCGAGUGGACAUGCGAAAGAGCUGGAGCUUUUCAUCAACGACGAUGAGAGCGAAGCCGCAGAAGAAACGGAUGGCGACGACGACGAGUUCUUCGACGCCGUGUCCACCACAACACCAAAGUCUCAAUUACAGUCAUAG